AUGUCGGGCUCGACAUCACCGGCGCGAAUUGGCCGCAAACUUUCCACUACAAAAAUCGCCAAGCAGUUGGCAGGUCUCGGUCUUCGAUCCGAUGACAUAAUGGAUCAAGGGGAGACGGCUCGUCACGAAGGCAGAUUCGUGUUCGAGUGUAGCUGGGAGGUGGCAAACAAAGUCGGAGGCAUCUAUACGGUACUUCGAACAAAAGCUCCAAUCUCUACGGAAGAACUCGGUGAUCAGUAUUGUAUGCUCGGACCAUACAAUGAGGAUCGAGUUCGCCUCGAGGUCGAAAUACUCGAACCAGAUAAUGCAGCGAUGAAAUACGCCUUGGAUCAUGCAAGAGAUUGCGGCUUUAAGCUUAUCUAUGGAAGAUGGCUUAUUGAUGGAUACCCAAAAGUGGUGCUGUUUGACAUUGGCUCAGCGGCUUGGAAACUUGACCAGUGGAAGCAUGAGAUGUGGGGAGUGACGAAGGUGGGAAUACCGUGGCACGAUCGUGAGUCGAACGACUGCAUUAUCCUUGGCUUCAUGGUGGCUAUUUUCCUUCAGAAGUUUGCUGAAGCAAUAGCUUCAACUGAACCUUUAAUCGUGGCACAUUUCCAUGAAUGGCAAUCAGCGGCCGGUCUUAUUAUGAGCAGGUUAUGGAAACUUAACAUUUCGCUGGUGUUCACGACUCAUGCGACAUUGUUGGGACGUCAUCUUUGCGCUGGUGGUGUCGAUCUCUACAAUAAUCUUCCUCGAAUCGACGUUGAUCGAGAAGCCGGUGAGCGGCAGAUUUACCACCGCUACUGUAUUGAGAGAGCUGCCGUACAUCUCGCCCACGUCUUCACUACUGUCAGGUUCGUCGACACUGGUUUUCUUCUGCUCAUCUUAUUUAUCAAUAGGCUUAUACUUACUGCUACUACUGUUCCAAGAUAA